AUGGAUAUUCGGGAAGGUUUUUCAGGGCGUGUUAUUUUUAUAACAGGCGGGACCGGUUUUGUUGGCAAAGUCUUAUUAUAUAAAAUCCUCAAGGAGUUUGGUGAUGUGCGCACCAUCUACUUACUUAUGCGCGGGAAAAAGUCUCGACAAUAUAAUCGCUACCUUAAAAUGCAAGAGCGUCUAGAGCUGGAGUUGUUGACGUCACCGUGUUUUGAACCCAUUCGCAAUGCGGUUGGGGACGCCAAGUGGAAGGAGCUGUGCGACAAGAUCAAGCCUAUGGGCGGUGAUAUCACCGAGGACCACCUUGGGUUGUCGGAUCAAGAUCGAACGACCAUUGCGAAUGAGGUGAACCUCAUAUUCCACAUCGCCGCCACUGUCAACUUUAAUGAGCGACUUGAUCUGUCGGUGCAGAUGAACACGCUGGGCCCGUUGCGGAUGUUGGCAUUGGCUAAAACUUGCAAGAACCUCGAGUCGAUGGUGCACGUAUCGACCUGUUAUGUGAACUAUCAGCGUCAAGGCAUCGAUAACAUGAGCGCGGAGGAGAUCUACCCGCUCUCGUUCGACGCGGAGGAGAUGGUCAAGGCCAUCUUGGAUAUCCACCCUGCCGAGCUGAAGACGCAGACCAGCCAAUACUUAAAGCGUUUGGGCUUCCCCAACACGUACACCUUUACCAAGAAUAUGGGCGAGAAGCUCCUGGCGAGAUAUCGCGGUGACAUCCCGCUUGCCAUCGUGCGGCCCUCGAUUGUGGGCUGCAGCUACAGCGAGCCCAUGCCGGGCUGGGUGGAUGUCCUCACGGCCGCCGGGGGACUCAUUCUGACCGUUGGGUUGGGGGUGGUGAAGGAGCUGGUGUGUGACGAGAAAAAGGCCUGCGACAUCGUCCCCGUCGACUUCGUGGUGAACAUCCUGAUCAAGGCGCUUUUCCAGACACAGCAGCGCCGCCUGGCGCGCCGCGCGCUGCAGCAGGUGGACAUCGAGGAAGGGAAGCCGGUGGGGCUGGGUGGCAAUCGCCCCGCCGCGGGAGGAGCCCCCACUGCGGGGGGGGCCCUCUUGCCGGUCGCCGCGCAGUGGGGCAAGGCGGCGCCGAAAACCGGAAUCACAGAGGCCAUCGUGACGCCAAUGCGGCCUGCGGCCCCUGCCGAGGCCCUGUCGUCCGAACUGGAGAGGGAUCGUUGUUCGCUCCUUCCUGAGCCGCUGAUGAUUUAUCACGUGGCUACGUCCGGUUCACAAAACCGUUUAAACUGGGGCCGUGUGAGGGAUGCUGUGAACAACUAUAUCUUACCUGAAAUGCGCCACCCUAAAUCUAUGGGCUCGUGCAAUGUGGUUUUAACGACCUGUAAGAAGUACUAUAUGCUGCGUUACCAUCUUAUGCGCUACAUGCCGUAUAUGGCCCUGAAGUUUCUCGUUAAGCUUCCCGAGCCGGUCGGCUCUCCCAAGAAACAAGUGCAGGUUGAGAGAUUAGGUAGAGCUGUUCGUCGUGCUGAUAUGUUAAACUGGGAGUUUUAUGAUUUUAUGGUUAAUGAGUGGAUGUUUUCGUGUGAGAACUCCAUGAAAUUAGACGACGGACUGAAUGAGCGCAGUAAAAAAUUUUUUAUAUUUGACCCAUAUGCCAUUAAUUGGUAUGUGUACAUCCAAUUCUACAUGUAUGGCAUUCUCAAGUACAUUGUGAAGGAUACUGCAGGGUUCAAAUCCCCUGCAAUGAUACCCUCUGGAAGUGAUCUAUUUUUGAAGGCUUCUUUAUGA